AUGCUCGCUCUCGGCGUCGGCCCCUCGCGACUCGCCCUGCGCCGUCUGGCCACCUCAUCACGACCGAUCCUUCUGGCCCGUGGCCCCGCCCCCUCUCCCGCCAGCCUCGUUGGCCUCCGCCUUCUCUCGACCACCUCGCCUGUCAAUGCGACCCCGCGGAGACCAGUCAAGCAGCGCCCUGUGCGCAACCAGCUGACGGAGGCGGAGUGGCCGUGGCGACCCCUCGGAAAUGGGGAGGAGGAGCGCGUCAUCUUUGCGCGUCCCGUUAGCACUGACCCGAGGAUGAUGUGGGUCUUUGCCGUGCUCUGGCUCGGAGGCGUUGUUACCUGGAUCGUCAUGCCGAGCGACCGCGAGACGAGCGCGUACAUUGCCAAGCAAUUCCCGGACGCACCGAAAGCACCGGAGUGGUCCUUCCUCGGUAUCCCGCAGGACAUGCUGCGUACCUGGGUUCUGUCCGGUGCGAUCACCGCCACGACGAUAAUGGGACUUGGCGCGGCCCUCCUCGGCUCGCGUCUCGUCACCCGCCUCUCUCUCAUCCGCAAGGUGGGCGAGACCUCCUCGAACACGAUCCGGAUGCGCACCAUGGGCCAGGAGAUGAUCCGCGGCGCUGGCAAGGGCGGCCGCGACAUCCCCCGGAGCGAGUGCAGCACCAACCUCGUCCUCGGACGGCCGCUGACGAGCGGUAUCCGCGAGCGUACCUCGUGGCUGUCGCUGUGGGUCAACUCCCCCGGCUCGGCCAGCCGGCUCAACAAGGAUCACUACUCCUACCGCAUGGACUUUAAGGACUCGGCGCGCCUCGACCGUCUCACUGAGUCUGGCGCUGAGGUCGUCCUCUCGGUCAGGAGGGUGGAGGACGUGUUUGGCACGCUCGAGCCAAGGGACAAGGUCAUCCAGGCCGAGCCACAGGCCAAGAAGUAG